GGGCCACUUGGAUUGAAGCCACUGAACGCAUGUUACUGGCAAGAAGUAGGUGAAAAUGCUGGUCCCAGGGUUCCAGUGUCAUUCCUGUUUGUGAAAUGGAUCCUCACUUUGGAUUACCGUUGCAAUUUCCGAGUGCGUUCACAACUGUCCAUGCCCCCAUACCAGUGGACGAGCGAACACACGAAGGGCGAUAUGUAUGGGAACCAAGAAUUCACUCGGCUCUGGCCCACGCUUCCAAUAGAAUUUGCACAGAUGGAAGCGGAAGCAAUCUUCCGGAUUUCUCCCAUUUUGCUCCGAGACGGGAUAUUCCGAACGGUCAUGUUAAUUUUCCACCUCAUUACAGAAUCAGUCCUUAUAUGGAACAAGUUAUAUCAUCGUUGCAUGGAAAUUCAGCAAUGGGAUCACCAUUGGUCUCGGAUGCCAGAGUGCCACUGUCGAUGGAUUAUCUGCAACAAGUGUCAAUGCUUCAUCAAAGAAGUUUAUUGGACGUCCAUACCUCUUUGCAGGCUAGUGCUAAUGCUGCCUCAGAAUUAUCGCUUGGAAUUGACGGUUCUGAAAUUGGUAGCCCUAAGCCUGGAGUUAGACAUGGGCGGAAAAGAGCCUUGUCUAGUUCGCCGUAUUCUGACUUUGACAUCAAUUCCAUGAUACGAUUUUCUCCAAGUUCUUUAGUUUCCUUUAUGAAUGGUUCGAGAAGCUCAAGUACAAGUGGUUCUUAUGGACAUUUGUCAGCUGGAUCCUUAAGUCCAGCGAUGGGUGUGUCUCCACCCGCUGUCCUUCCACAUUUCCAUCAACUCCAUCACUUAAUGCGUCAAGGACUCACAUCCCCUUUCUUACUGCCACCAGCUUCGAGCUUACCGCAGCAGACUAUGUUUCCUGGACAUAUGACUUCAUCGACAGCAACCAAAGAUUCUGUAUUAAACAACAACAUUUCUGGAGACGGUUCAGUGAAUGUUUCUGGGAGUCACAAACAAUAUCCAGACUUGCAAUAUUCGAAAAAUUUGGCUUCUACGGGCUCUGGAGAAGUAGGUGCUGACGAAGACAAAGAUGCGACAUCUGACAUCAAAGACGAGCCUGGCGAUUUUAUCGAGACAAAUUGUCGCUGGGUAGACUGUGAAAGGGAAUUCCCAACACAAGAGGAUCUUGUAAAGCAUAUAUAUCAGGAUCAUAUACACAGUAACAAAAAAGCUUUUGUCUGCCGAUGGAAAGAUUGCUCAAGGGAAGAAAAACCAUUCAAAGCCCAGUAUAUGCUGGUUGUUCAUAUGCGAAGGCAUACUGGAGAAAAGCCUCACAAGUGCACAUUUGAAGGUUGUUACAAAGCCUAUUCCCGUCUCGAAAAUCUGAAAACUCAUCUUCGAUCUCACACUGGAGAGAAACCAUAUGUUUGCGAAGUCGCAGGCUGCAGGAAAGCAUUCAGCAAUGCUUCUGAUAGAGCAAAACAUCAAAACAGAACGCAUUCCAAUGAGAAACCUUAUGUGUGUAAAGCUGAAGGCUGUACUAAGCGCUACACGGAUCCCAGUUCUCUUCGAAAACAUGUGAAAACUGUGCAUGGGGCUGAAUUUUAUGCAAAGAAGAAGCACAAAGGCGAAGACGGGGAUGGUAAUGCAGGCGGCUCGAAAGAAAACAACAGAUCGCAAGAUAAAGUUAAAAAUGACAGUGCUUGGAACAAAUCUGAUGUUUUGGCAAAUCAAGCAAUAGGGAGAGUUACAAACCCUACUUUGCAAUCUAAGGAACAAGACCAGCAAGGCACAGUGAAUGGCUCUCAGAAUGGUUUGUGCGCAGAAAAUCACGAACAGAUAAACGGCGAAGUGCCAAUUAGUGAUAACUGUGUGUCUACAACAAGUGGUAUCGGAGAUGCUUUCGAUGGAGAUACGUACUGUUGGGAACCAAACAGAGUCGUGGACAUUGAAGACGAUAGCUACUUAGCGGCUGUUAUGUGCGCUGUUACUUCAAGUGCAGAUGAUGGCAAUGGAUUUAUAAGAGGAAGAAAGAGUGGCUUUCACAAAGCAAUCAAAUCAAAAACGUCUUGGCUGCCUAAAUGGCAAUUACCGAAAGGAAUCUUUCACAGAAGCAAUGGCAGUAAGAUAUCAUCUGAUCUUCCUCCUCCAAUAAAUCACCCAACUAAAAUUGCAGACGGGGAGACGAAGAAAAUUUAUACGAAUCUUUCAUCCUCCAAGAAUUCAGGCUGUGCUACGGUUAUGCAAACAAACGUGGAGAGUACUGGACUAAGAAGAAGACAAAACAGUACAAGCUCAGCCAGUACCUGUUAUGGUAGUAUGUCUUCUGAUGUUAGUUGCCAAAGUCAAGACACGAAUAAAAGAGCUAUUCAAGGUUCCUAUACAUCGCCAAGUAUGCAUAGUGCUCAAUCUUCAUGUGAUCCCAUUUCUCUUUGGAGCUCUCGACGUUCAAGUGAAGUCAGUAGUUUGGAACGCCUAUCCCCAGCCGGCUCAGUCCGCUUACAAGCUUUGCACUCAGAUAUUUCAGAUGUAAAAGAUAUUAAAAAUAUCAAAAAUAACUCACAAGAUAUUAAUAUUUGCGAUAAAAAUGAAAAUUCUUCUUCAGCAUCCAUCCAUAAACAACCCCCAGUAUUCUAUCAGUGCAAUAACUCUCAAAAUCAUGUUAAAGGAGGCUCUUCAGAUCGUGCUGAAGCUUCUCAGCUUUCUAAUCAAUUAUCGAGAACAAGUGAUAUUAAUAGGCUGACUCCAAUUCCCCAUGUGCCGCAAUACUUUUCAAAUCACGAUGGUACUUCUAACCAAAAUCUCGACUGGCAACAAAGUGAUGUUAACGAAGAAAAUAAAAAUAUAGUGAAAAAUGGAUGCGAUUCAAAUGACACUCUAGAUUGCAGCAAAGAUCUUAUUUUGCCUGAUGAUGUGGUCAGUUAUCUGAAUGAAGUAUCGCAGCAAGAAAGUGUUGCUGAAAACAAUAUUAAAAUUUGUUUUCAAAAUCAAACUUCUUUCCAAGUUCCCAUUAAAACAGAUUGUUGCUCGGGUUGUAAACAAGAUCCAUAUGAGAAUCAGCAAUUCCAAAAUUCCUGCUGCAAUCAAAAUGCAAUAAGCAAUCAAAAACCGUUUUAUCAAAACUGUGCAUCACACCAUAUGAAUUUAAAUUCUCCCAGUUGCUUGUCUUCCGAAAUGAGUCGAGUUAGUUGUAUCGAUGUGCAAACUAAUUUUAAUCAAAAUCAAAGCAAUUUUCAACCUAUGUUAUCGAAUGGAUGCAAAAAUGAAUAUUUUGCCCAAUCUUGCAAUCAAAUGGCUAGUCAGCAUAUGUUAAAUGGUUGCGUUCAACAAACAUGGAACUCUCAAAAUAUUCAAUUAAGUGGAACAUUUCAAAGCCAGGUGUGUUCAUCACAUAACGCGAAUUCCACACCUUUCUAUUGCAAUCAACAGCAUUAUUCCAAUCCUCCAAUGUAUCAAGUACAAAAUCAGUAUUCUGCAAAAAGUCAUCAGAUCCAAACUCCAGUUUUAGAAAAUAGAUGCUCGAUGACGAACUGCAGCAGAUCUCCGCAAACAAUGCACAUUCCGCCUUCAUACUGUAAUCAUCAAAUGAGUACUCAACAGCCAGUGUUCCAAUGCUCUGCUCCAACAUGCAUAGAUCCGUCUAACAUGCAAACUAAAUACCAUCAAAUUCCACAAAACUAUAGUGCGUAUCAUUCACAAAGCUCCCACGUUCAAAACCAUAGCAAUUUUUCCCAGUAUCAUCACUGUACUAAUUGUGGAGCCGGACAGAACUUUCCUCAAAACCACUGUUACAUUAACAGUUUAACGCAAAGAAACUCUCCUCACGAGUUUAUGCCACCGACUCACAAUGUGCAAUGUAGAUCUCAGCCUCCCAUUUCUCUGUAUGCGCGAAGCAAUUCUCCAUCGGAAAUUGGAAACGCCAGAUUAUCCGGAGCAAUUUCUUGUAAUGAAAAAAUAGAUGCAACAGAGAAACAAACUUUUAUUUCAGCAAAGACUGAGACAAGUGAGAUACCAAAUACUUGUGCAAAUAAUGUACAUUCCAUUGCGAAGGUUACUACUCCUACAUCGGUUCAGAGUAGCGGUUUUGAAAGUAAUGUUAGUCACAUAGUGGACAUUGCACCUAGUGUAUCACAAACUUCGGCUCAAUCUUCACUUCCAACGUGUAAUAUGGUAAUAAACGAUAUGAACUCUAUACUUUCUUCAUUGAUGGAAGAAACAAAAUACUUGAGGCUUUUACAAUAAUAUAUAUAUAUAUAUAUUAAAAUAAUUCAGAAACUGUUCUUCCAUUCGUAGAUAUAAAACAAAUUUGCUGUUAGAAAUUAUCGCUCGCACACAAAUACACAUUUUAUAUCCUUUACAUUCCAUUUCUAUUGCUCUCUGUUUCCGUUUACAAUGACGCAGAGGAAACGUUUUGUAAAACAAAACUAAAGUAAGGAAGUUAUAAAACUCCUCAGCAAUUAGCAAGAAAUGUAAUGAAUGUGCCUGCUAUAGUAAAAAUAAAUGCAAAUCUUUUGUUCUGAUCCUGAAAUAUUUAACACAACUAUAUAUACAUCUUCUUUAGUGCUGUGUUUUAUGAUUCCUUUUUAAAACAAAUGGCGAGGUAGUAAAAGUUUCCAAUUUGAAGUAAUAUGUUCCUUGCACCUGAUCAUCUAGAUGCCUAUGUUUAAUUAACUAAAAUUAACUUAUAUAGCAUAAGUUAUGUAUGUUUAAUAUAUAGCAUAAGUUAAUUUUAGUAUGUCCAGUCUUGUGUUUACAUUUUCUUCAACAAAAAUUAGAAGAGAUGUAUCUGUUGCUCUUUACUGGAAUUAAAAACGAGUUGGCAAAACAGCAUUACAAACUAGGCUUCCAUGAUGCGUAUAAAUCUUUAUAAGUAGCAAAUAAAAUAUUCAACAAUAAUUACUUUUUCUUUGCUACAUGAGAGAAUUUAAUAAGCAAUUAUUGCUUGCAAAAAUGGUUAUGCAUUUUUUGCAUAAAAUUCGAAUUUAGCUUGUGUACAAUAUUGCUUGUAUACAAUCCUAAAACACAGCACCAAUUCUCCAUUUGCAAAUAAGUUGCAAUUACAUGGCUGGCCCCUAUCUGCCUGUAUAUGUCGGUCUGUUAUAUGCAUAUGUAUAUGGGGCUCAAAAGACGUGGUAAAUGGGCUUGGAUUUGUUUCCUUCAUUAUUAAUGUGUAAAAAAUUGAAUGAAAAUUUCGUAAAACAUUCAGAAUUUUAUGAAAACUGUUUCAACACUGUAAAUUGGAGAAGGCCCAGUUGAAUUAAAAUCUAUUUGUUUAAAUGAUCACCAUAAAUUAAAUAUUUCAGUUACUAAAAUGUUCAUUAAAUGCUUUAGUUAAUUAAAAGUAGUCCGUACUUUUAAGUGAAAAUUUUGCUGAGACAUUUGGCAUCGAAUUUAUUGAGUGACAUAAUUUUUCCACUACUAUUACAGACUUAAUUUGAAAGUUUUGAGAACAAACUUAAGAGGCCAGUCAUGAAAUAGAUUUUGAUCUUUAUGCCGGUUAAUUGCAGUUUAGUUGCUAAAUUUGCAGAUAGAUUGCCAUUUUAAAAUUUUUUAUUAAAUUUUCUUACUGAAUAUAAGCCGGAAAGUUUUGGAACGUUUUAUUUAUUGAAGCAUACUAAUUAUCUUGUUCCCAGGGAAAUCACAUAAAAACAUAACCUUUUUUAAAAGUCCUCCCCAUUUCUAGUGUUGAUUAUUAUUGUUAUUGUGUUACCAUAAAAUACUGAACUUAAGAUGUUAUAUAACUGGAAAUUACGAAUCUGGAUCAAUAUCUAAACAAAUAAAAACCUGCAGUCACCUUUUUUCGAAUGCUGUAUAUACAUGCAGAUAGAUAGAUAGAUAACAUAGGUGGAUAUGACUGUUUUGUAUAAAAGAGUAUAUAAUUUAUGUUUUUAAAAACACGUACUCUGCUUUCAUUGAAAUAGCCUUUCAAUGAAUUAUUCUUAUAUGUUAUCUAAAUUGGUGAGUAAGCUAAUCACAUACAGUGAAAUCUUGGUUCACGAAUUUAAUUUGUUCCUGAGGGACGUUUGUGAAUUGAAUCGAAAUGUCGAAAAUCCACCAUUGUUUUCAUUAAUCCCACUUUCAAGCAUCUGGACACAAAUAUCAUAAUUGGGAUAUACCAUAUGUGCCUUUAGCCUGUAAAUGCUCUAUUACAGUUUUUAACAUCAUGUAUAUUUUGAUAGAUAUCCGAAUAUUUAACCUUGUUAUAUUUUCGAGUUGCUUUCUCAGACUCAUCCAGUGUGAGUGCCCUUUUAAAUCCUUUUCAUAAUUACAUCGCAAAGCAAAUCACAGUUAUUUCUUCGGCUGUAGUAUUUAGCCUCAUGUAUGUGAAGUCAAUGUACAAGUGUGUGUUAUCAUCAUAAAUGAGUGUUUUCAACUGUUUAAAUGUUUCAUUAUUUAAAAGUUUCAUUAUACUCUUAAAUACAGCUGUAUCAAUGAGAGGUAGAGUGUGCGUUUAUUAGUUUCUUUCUUUCUCUGUGAAUACAUAGUGAGGACAAAAACAGUCCCCGAUUUCAAGAUGUUAUGAAAUAAAAAAGUUGCUUGAAUAAGUUGAUAAAUGUGAUAACAAAGAUCGCAAAGCUAUCGAAAACGGAGUUCACCCCUAUAACAACGAAGCUGGUGAGCACUUUUCGAAAACAGUCGUAUCAUCUGGUAAGUUCGAAUGGAAUUUUGGAAUUGAUUCAUCCACGUAAAAAUCCGUUUUAAAAUGACAAAAAAUAUUUAGUGAAACUGGUUGCAUUUAUAAUCAAAAUAAAGGACAUUCUGGUAGACCUUCUAUCUUGAAGGAAGUUGUGGACUUAACUGUGACUUUUUCUUAGGGGGCUGUAUUAAAGUUAAAAUAGGUGUUUCUCCCUUAUGUAGAACACUGGAUGAUCUUCAAGGACGCGCCGAAACUGUUGUCAACUUCAUCACACCGGAUACACUGCAUAACGUGGUUGGAGCUGUUUUCCGUGUAAACGGUAGCGUGCGCAUCGAAUUUUUGUGAUUCAAAUCCAUAUUACCACUGCCUUUUGAGCUUACGCAACUAUAGGAAAAAAUUGGGCAGAUUAAUUUUUUCAAUAUUAAAGUUGUACUCUUUUGAAACAGGGCACUGUUGUGAUCACCUUGUAUAUAUAGUAUAUAUAUUAUUCCAAAGCAUUUACUUUAUUUUGUUUCAUUUGUGUUUUCUCUCUCCUCUAAAAUUGUAGUAUUUAAAUUAGCUGAUACUAAUUUAAUGAAAACUGUUGUAUUGUGAUAUAUGGUGCUCUGGUUCGCUUAUGUUAAUUCUUUAUUUAAUGAUUUUUUAAUAAUGACUUGGGAAUCUCUUUCAUUAAAAUUUUGCUCUUAGUACUUAGUUCCUUUUCAGUUUUUGAAAUAUUUUGAAAAAAAAAAUAUAUAUAUAUAUAUAUGCAUAUACUAUAUGUUUAUGUUAAACUGAAUAUUUUUAUGACAUAUACAUAAGCAAUAACAAUUUAGCGCAAGUUAAAAUUGUUAACAAUAAAAUUAUCAAUAUUUUUAUAUAUGUGUUAUCAGUGAAAAUGUUACUGUGUAUUGUUAAAUUCUGAGUUAUUCAGUCGAGCAGGUUGAUUAAAAAAUAUUUAAUUUCAAUCACAUUGUUAUUUUUACCUCUCAGGGUUAUUUUUUCACGCUAACUUAAAAAACGAGGGGAAGUAAUUUUCAUCGCUUGCUUCAUUGUAUGCUUUUUUAAAUACUUUUCAAGUUUUUUUUUUUUUUUUUUUUUUUGACUGUGAUACAAUUUUUAACACUUAAAUAUUUUCUCUUACUGAAUUACUACAUUAUACUAAUUGUAAUUCAAUUUUUGGAUUCUGUUUGCAUUCCUUAUUUGUAUCAUACAAAAUAAAAUGAAUAAAUGUGUUAUGAUGAAAUCUGUUAAACUGUAAAAAUAAAUAAUGAUUGAAUCUAUA